AUGGUUCACACGGUGCAAUUGUUCAGUUUCCUCUUGACCCUUGGGUCUUUGUAUUACGCGAGAGGAGAAAGAGGAGAAGAAGGAGGGGGACUAGAAGUUGCUUUUCAAUGGAAAUAUUUGGAUUGGGUUUGGCCGAGUGUUCAAUUGACGGGAAAGAACUUCACGCUUGGUAAUCCGUUUACACAAGAUGUAGACGUCGAUAGAUACGGCCGUGUGUUCGUAACGAGUCCUCAGUGGUUGGACGGUGUUCCGAUUAGCUUAUCGUUGGUAACAACUGCUAUUGGUUUAGGUGGUCCUUUGCUAAUACCGUAUCCCGAUUGGACCUGGCACAAGCCGUAUAAUUGUGACAGCAUUAUAUCUGUGUACAGGUUGGCGAUAGACGAAUGCAAUCGCUUGUGGGUUGUGGAUAAUGGCCGUGUUAUGGGAAACGCUGUUUGUCCCUCGAAAAUAUUGAUCUUCGACCUAACUACCGAUCAACUGAUCCAUAAAUACACGAUUCCGAAUGAUCAAGUGCUUUAUGGAAAAGCAGCAUUAGUUACGCCGAUCGUUGAUGUCAGAAAAACCUGCCUCGAUACUUAUCUGUACGUGGCGGAUGUGGAUCAAAAUGGCCUACUGAUUUACGACUUAUAUCACGAUUAUUCGUGGCGGGUGAACAACACACGCGGCAAUGCAUUCGGCCCGGAUGACGACGCCAUGAACAUUACAAUUGCCGGUGAAUCGUUCGAUUUAACUGAUGGCACUCUUGGAAUGUCAUUGACACCAAAUGGAUAUUACGACGAAAGGUAUCUCUACUUCAAUUCUUUGGCCAGUUAUCGCGAAAAAUUUACGGACACGUACUCUUUAAAGCAGAGCAAAUACACCGAGCCAAUAGUGCUCGAAUCGAAUUAUAAGCGAGCAAGCCAGGCGGGUGUCCAAGCAACGUCACAAAGAGGCGUAAUAUUUUUCCAAUUAGUCCAAUUAACGGCGAUCGCUUGUUGGAACAUUGAGAAACCAUUUACACCGGAGAACGUUGUGAUAAUUGCACAAGACGAGGAGACGCUGCAGUACGUGAGCGGCAUCAAAGUAAUUCUGAACAGGCACGGCGAGGAAGAACUGUGGUUCAACACAAACAGGCUGCAAAAAACGAUAAAUAUGACCUUGAAACCGACCGAGACGAACUUCCGUAUAAUCAGAGGGAAAGUUGACGAUAUUAUCAGAGGGACAAAUUGCGUGCCUUCCGGUGUAAAACACAGAGCCCCGGAUACCACCUUCUGGCACCGGAUAUGA